AUGGGCUGUGGUUUUUCACGUCAUCAUCAUCACCGACAUUCUCACGCACAUCAUCAUCCUCGAGGCUUUGGUCCAAAAUAUCAUUAUGAGCAUCAUGCGCAUCCAGGAUUUGGAUUUGAUCCUCACCAUCAUGAUAUGCAUCAUGGAUAUGGACAUGACCACCAUCACGGAGGUUUCGAUGGCGGUCAUCAUUCUGGAGGUGGUCAUCAUGGGCACGGGCUGCGCAAAUACAGAACAAUGCCACUUGAACAACGUACAACAGAAGAAUGGAAAUAA